UGUGGAGGCACGCUUUGGGUAGCAUUCGCAACGAAGAAUCUGCCGGGGCCGAUAGUGAGAUCGAGAGCGCAUCCAAAAUUUCUAUUGAAACAUACCCAGAGAGAUAGAGGGAAGGAUGGAAGACGCAAGAGAAUCUCGCCGGAAGAGGUUGGCGGAGCGCAAAACUGACCGUCUUGCCUUCAUAACCGGGCAGAACCGAACCCUAGCUCCAUUUGCACCACAAGAUGCUGCUUCUAGGGAGGACAUCACCUCUACUGGAACUCCCAAACAUUAUCAUAGCAAAGAUAUUGUCGGCAAUAUAUUAGACGUCAGUAAUAAGCAAGAACCAGCUUUGAAGCCUGACACAGGCGGACUCCACAAGUUUGAGGCAGAGAGCGAAAAUCCUAAAGCGGCAGCGAAUUAUUUUUCAACAGAGCAGAAAAAUGAAGAUGCAUAUAAUGAAAACAACAAAACUAGGAGAGGAGAAAAUAUAUCAAAACAACUGUUCACCACUUCAAUGCUUAAAAAACCAGAAGGUCAUGGUGAUUCUAGAGCUACAAAUGCAGCUCAAAAUGCGAUUUUCACCACUUUUACACCUAGAAAUAUCAGUCAUUCUGUUUUAGCAACGGAGAAUAUUCGCCUCGUCUUCACCAUUGCCAUGUCCAUUCUCGUGGUUUCAUCAUACAAUGGUUUUAUGAUCGGUGGUAGGCUUUUGAGCAGCAUAAUCAGCUUCAGACCUCUUUUCCUGGUGCUGCUUACCGAUGUGACCAUCAUUCUUGGAUGGGUGUUCUUGAACCAAGGGAUCAGGCAGAAACCUGAAAUAGAUGCAAGGAACGCUUUGCUAGAGGAUGAGGGAUGGCCAAAUGACGUGGGCAAAAUUUUGGAAGUUGGCCAGGUGCUCCAUAAAGUUCUUGGUGCUGCUUUCAUGGAUUGCAGUAUUUGUGCAAUCAUCAUGCUAUGCGGUAUUGUAGUUUAAUAUUUUCAUUUAGUCUCUUUUUAUUUAUCAUCAUCAUCAUUUUUUUUUUGUUACAACAAAAUUAGCAUUUAUUGCUAUUGUGCCAUUUGAAUAUUUAACGCUAUAAUUUCUCCACUCUUCAUGUAUCCUUUUGAUCGUAUGAAAUGAGCCUAUUAAAUUGAACGAAAAGAUGGCUUUUGUUUCUGAAGCCUGAACAUUCUUUUAUUUUUUUCAUAUCACCGUAUACUUGACCUUGUACUAGUAAAGUUGGUUUAUUUGAGAAA